AUCGGAGUUCAUCAAAGUCAGUGGUUCAAAAGUUGUAUAACCUUCAUUUCUGAAAAAAUAUUUUCAGGUAGAACAAUUUAUCAAGCAAGUAUAGUUACUCCCAAAAUUACAAAUUUCAAUUUAUAAAAGAUGGUCCUAGAAUAACUCCAUCCAAGUAAAUGUAGCUUUUUUAUCUGGAAAAUCAUGGUAAAGUGUAAAAGAAUUGUUUGAAAAGUUCACAUGAUAAACAAUUCCUAGGAUUCUUCCAAGAAAUUUUGAGGUUUCUGAUCUUUAAUUAGCCUAAAAAAAAUCAAAUUAAUACAUGUUUAUAAGAAUACCCCCCCCCCCCCCAAAAAAAAAGCAUUUUCCCCAAAGACCACGAAUCAGAACAUAGGGUCUGCAAAACAGACUAACACACUAUGCCAAGUCAAAGGAGGAGGAGGGGCCUAGGGCUUAGUAGUGAUGAAAGUUUCCACAACUGGCCAAUCAGAACACAGGAAACUGUCUGGACAGAGUGCUUCCAUACACACCAGCACACAUUGGAGUCUGGUAAACUCUUUCUUUACCCUCCCCCUCACACUUCUCAUCUCUCCUCAAUUUCGUUUCCCAACAAACUUGAGGUGGGCUGUGGUGCAAGGAAAUAAUCUUCGGAAACAAGUUGUAAAAAUUCACUUCUCCACAACAACUUUACAUGGAUCUCCACAAAACACCUUCAGCUGGGAGAGCGAUAAGCAUGUGCAGUGGAGCUUGAUGUGCAUUUGUAAUCAUUGAUAGAUCUGACAGCAGAGCGACUGAUUACCACCAAAAGGGAAGCACAAUUGGACAUAAUCUGUGCCUUACAUGGAAAUCUAAAAGCCAUUAGGACAGAAAAUCUGUUCUUGACAUUUAUAGGCUGGUUAAGAAUUCGACUUGAAUUUUUUUUCAUCCAGCUCUCUAGUACGCCUUUUGGUCUAUUGCCUUCUGGAGAACUGAACUUGGUUAUGUUUGGAGGUUUCUGCUUCACCAUCAAUUAAAGCUCAUUAGUAUCAGGGAAUAACAGCCUUGGAUGGUACAUGAAUAUACCAAUACAUUACUGGAAUUCUGGAAUCCCUAUUCGGCAGCAAAAUAUUAUAGGAAAACAAAUUCUGUCCCAGGUACAUCUCUCUCAUCUCCAUAUUGUGCACCAUCACCAAUUGAUGCAUCUGCAUCAAAGAAGGCUAGUGGAUUCAAACUUUUCAUAGAUCGUUAUAGAUAUCAUUCACAGAUGAGAUAGCUAUACAUGUAGGUCAUCUGCAUCCUGUUUUAUCACAUCCAGUUUUUGGAAGCCAGCUUCUUUGCCAUGGCUGAUUUUUGUACACAGUAACAGGACUAAUCAUUCAAAUUACUUGACUUGCGAACAUUACCAGGGACUGCUUAACCUAAAAACCUUGAACAAAACUUUGAACAAGACUUUUGAACAAAUCUGAUACUUUGAUAGUAUCAAAUUCGUGAUCACUGGACCUUCUUAUCCCCUGUAAUCCCAUCUCACACACUGAAGCCAUUCCCAAUCUCAGCUUCUCGGAACAAACUUGAACCCCGGCUUACUAAAAAGGAUUACCCUGCCUUCUGCUUUGAUUGGAGAGAGCUGUCCUCUGGAUUGAUGGUCUGGAGCUUAUGAUGUGGUCUGUUCCUUGGAAGCACUUACCAUCAAGCUGGAUUGAGUGACCUGGAUUAACCUACCACACAAGAGCUGGAGCUAUCACAAGGAAAACAAUGAAAGUUUAUAUUGUACAAACAUGAGCCAUCUAAAGUGACUGAGGCUCUCUGCCCUAUCAAGUUUUGAUCACCAACUUGUUCUUUUCCUCACAUUGCUGGAUAUUGAUUUGAAGUGAUCAUUUAUUCCGGGACUUCUUUCUAUGUUGAAUUUCAUUUCUCUUUGUGAAAGAAGACUGCGUCAUAAUGGAUCUAUUUUCAUUGAGAAAUUCUCUAACCAUCUCUGUCUUGGUGACAUUUUGUGUUUCCAUUACGAUGGGACAACAAGAAUCUAUUCAGAUAUCACCACGUGACGUGACUGUUCGUGAGGGCCGAGAAGUGCGGCUACCUUGCGUCUUGCAACAACCUGGGAUAUGUAACGUAUAUUGGUACCGGAAGGACAUGCAGACAUAUUUCUUCAGGAACGCGGAAUUCAUGCCACGCAUCCCUUCCGAAGUCAGUGAGCGCUAUUCGAUCCCAGGAAACACUUCAGCAGGUGAUUUUACCCUGCGCAUUGUCAAUGUUUCCUCAUGGGAUGAUGGGGAGUACCAAUGCGCCUGUUACGCACCAUCUCAUAAGGAUACAUUGACCUCUGAUCCAGCACGUCUUCAAGUCCUCAUCGCUCCUUCAGAUGAGUACCCCAUCUGUGAGGUACGCAAAAGGGAUGGGUUACUGUUGCCUGGAGAUGAGGUUGAACUGAUUUGUCGCUCAACAGAAGGGUCACCUCCGGUUCAGCUCGCAUGGUAUAAAGGAGAUCAGAGACUUCAUUCCGAGAUGUCAUGGAAUUACGAGAUUGUCGCUAAACACAGAACUGUGGUUACACUGCAGGAAAAUCUAUCACAUUUUUAUUGCAAAGCUGAAGGUGAUGCCCUGUUGAUUCCACGAAACUGUACAGUUGAUCCUGUGGCAAUGGCUGCUCCGCCACCCGUUCAGAUUGACUCUAACUUGCAGAAGGUGUGGCAGGAGUUUGAAAGCGGGACGCUUCCUCUGACGGGAGGUCAGCCUCGCUCACAGGACAUGAUAGAACUGAGCUUCACCUGUGGACCAAGCACCAACUUCAGUCGUGAGGUUAAUAAUUUUACCUGGUAUGUCAACCAGGAUCCUAUCCGUCCUGGAACCUUUGGAUAUAUCCUGGAGAAUAACGGGCGUACUCUACGCGUGACAGACCUAUCCAUCCUCUACAGUGAGAUAGAUGUAGAGAUUGUGUGCGAGUUGUCCAACAAUGGCUGGACAGUUUCAAACAGCACAACAGUCGUGAGUCUGAAUGGCAACAUCCUUGGGAAACCGACAGAUGCUAUGACAAGAACAGAGCUCCCUACUGUUCCAGACACCGACAUCAUAAUCAACAAACGUCCUGGAAAAUGGAGGCUAUGGCCAAUAUGGCUGCUAAUCGUUUGUGUACUUAUGUCUCUAUUCUUGCUCAUACUUCUUGCAAUCUACGCACCAGUUAUUUGUGGCUGCAAGAAGAAGAAAUCCAAGAAAUCGCAUGCUCAUUGCCAUCAUGGUGCCACCACCAAGUCUGAAUUUCAUUACACUCACUCGCAAGGAUGCAGCACACUCCGUACCUCUCGUGAUACCUUGAACGUCUAUGAGUUGCCCGAGAGUGAGCGCGGAGGAAGUGACCAACAGAGGCAGCAAGUACAAGCGACGUUGCACGUGGUGGUUCACUCUGCCAAUCAUUCUUCCAACAGCCCGGUGGACAGUCAACCCGUCAUCUCUACGGCCGAGACGAUUGUUUCAUCAGACUACACCACCGAGAACUGCCUCGCAACCGCAUCAUCAAAAGCCGUUGGAAACUACUACCACCCCGACCUCGGCCACUACCAGAAAGUCCGUCCAGGUGCGCGUCCCGCCCACUUUAACUCACAGCUCCUGGUUCCACCUUCGCCAAAGCCGCACCCACCUGCGAGGACUGACUCUUUAGAGCCUCAUUACCAGCAUCCACGAUCGCACAUGUGUUGCAUGAACAAGACGUGGGGUCAUAAUGUAAGGCAUGAGAAGCCGUUAUGCAACCACGCCCCUCUGACACUAUCCUCGCAACCUGAUGUAACAGAGGGAUGCUAUGUCAGGACAUUACCUCUGCCUCCUAAUGAGGUCAAGAAAGCAAGGUUGGUGUACAUGGACAAUGGACAGCUUGAUCAAGUAGCCAACGGGACUGUGUAUUCUGAUGUACCCUUGGAUGAUGUGGACAAUAUUUAUGAGAACAUUGCUGGAGAAGAAGCGGAAAAGGGUAAUAAACAAACUCUUGUUUAAUAUUUGUUGUUCACAACCGAUCCCCCAAUUUUUUUAGG